AUGUUAAUGACAGCUGUUACCUAGCAACGGAACACAUGCGUAAUAUUUUGACACUCAGGGCUGAGCAUCUUUGGAGAGUCAGAGACAAAACAUGGCUAAACAACAAGACCCAGAGGACGAUGAAGAAAUCCUGAGCACGUUUGAAAAGUUUGUUCGGAAUCAGGGACUGGUUGACUGGCCCGUGGCGUUUGAGGAGAAUAUAGAGAUAUCAUCCCACUUCAAACAUUACAGUCAUCCCAGACAGAUAUAUGACUACUUUAAAGUAAACGUGCCAUUCCCAGUGGACAUCACCAUGUCCUUCUCCAAGAGCAUAGAGGAGCUAUAUUCCAAGAUAAAACUACAUGCAUCCAUAAUGUCACAAGAACAGAGCAAAAACAAGAAUGCGGAGUCAGUGUUUGAUGACAUGAAUAAAUAUAAAAUGUAUGUGCAAAGAGCACAUCGAAUCAUGAAAGAGCAGAGUGAGGCAGUGUCGCGGAGCUUGGACAUCAAGGACUAUGACUACCCAGGGUUUGUUGCAGUCGAGGACACUGACAUCCCAGGACAUCCUGAUGCCUUACAGCAUUUGGACAGAGUAUCAGAGGCCCAAGGCUUUAAUCCAGGCUUCCUGAAGAUCUGGAGGCCGUUCUUUCUGUGUGAUCUGUCCGUGGCUGUUCUCAAAGACACAUUCUGGUGGUUUUUCCUCCACAGAUUUAAGCCUAAUGUAGAGGAGGAGAGCCAGUUGUUUGAUCGGAUCUCUGGAGCCUUUGUCUCUCUGCUGAUGACCGUUCAGAUGGACCUGAAGGACAAGCUCUUUAAGGUGUAUGCAGACUGCCUGGCCCAGGCGGUCUACGCAGCGUUCUACGGAGCGUUCCCUGAGUCCAUGGAACGUCUAGGCCAUGACUUCAAGACAGACUUAGCUGACCUCAUCUCCCUCUGGGUGUCAGAUGUGAAGCCCACCCUGUUGUCAUGGCAGAGCUGGAACCUGGGCUGGCUGGAUCCUGUAGACACAUCCGGGAAUAGCCAUGGAGAGUCAACAUGUGGUAAGACCUGA